AUGAGAGUGGCCCUCCUGGCCUUCAGACUGAUGUGCUUGGCCUGGAUGUGGCCCGUCACCCACCUCAACGGCAGCCACUACCCCAACAAGAGGAGACACAAGGAGCAGUACGUCGGAGAGAAUACCAAACAAAAGCACAGAGGGCGGGUGGACCUUAAGAUGAAAAAGCUGGACAGCACCAAAUCUAUGCUAAUUAAAUCGGAGCAGCUGCUUCGGAUUGAGGACCAUGACUUUGCAAUGCGGCCCGGCUUCGGAGGUUCAGCUAUUCCUGUGGGCAUCGACGUCCAGGUAGAGAGCAUAGACAGCAUAUCGGAAGUUAACAUGGACUUCACCAUGACAUUGUACCUGAGGCAUUACUGGCAGGACGAUCGCCUGGCCUUCCCCUCAAGCAGCAACAAGAGUCGAACUUUUGAUGCACGUCUUGUAAAGAAGAUUUGGGUUCCUGACGUGUUCUUUGUUCACUCUAAGCGUUCUUUUAUCCACGAUACAACCAUGGAGAACAUCAUGCUGAGGGUUUUUCCAGAUGGAAAUAUCCUCUAUAGUGUCAGGAUCACCGUGACUGCACUUUGCUCCAUGGACUUCAGCAGUUUCCCUCUGGACACACAGAAUUGCUCUCUGGAGCUGGAGAGCUAUGCCUACAAUGAGAACGACCUAAUGCUCUACUGGAAGAACGGAAACGAUUCAUUAAGGACUGACGAGAUCGUGCUCUCUCAGUUUUUUGUGGAAGACUUCCAGCCUUCCUUUGGGCUUGCCUUCUACAGCAGUACUGGUUGGUACAAUCGGCUCUACAUAAACUUCAUUCUCAGGAGGCAUAUCUUCUUCUUCAUGCUACAGACUUACUUUCCCACCAUGCUGAUGGUGAUGCUGUCCUGGGUCUCUUUCUGGAUAGACAGGAGGGCUGUACCUGCCCGUGUCUCUCUCGGUAUCACCACUGUUCUGACAAUGUCCACUAUCAUCACUGGUGUCUCAGCCUCUAUGCCGCAGGUGUCUUACGUCAAAGCCGUAGACAUCUACUUGUGGGCAAGCUUCCUGUUUGUCUUUCUUUCUGUCAUUGAGUAUGCUGCCGUCAACUAUUUCACCACAGUGGAAGAGAUGAAGAAGCUCAAGAGGGCAAGGAUCCCCGAGUCCUACGACGCCUCCCAGGCUAUGGCAUUUGAUGGCUGUUUCCAUGACAACGAAAUUGACCUGGCUUCUUUUCCAGAGGUCGCCAGCACCCCAAACACAGAGAGGAACACCCAGGCUCGAAACUCUACUGUCUCUGCUCCCACAGAGGGCACCAGGCUACGCCGCAAGCACCCUGUAAAACAAAACCUCAGCUUCAUAAUGAGCAACAGCUACAUGAUUGACUCUUAUUCCAGAGUCAUAUUCCCCAUGGCUUACCUGCUCUUCAACAUAAUUUACUGGAGUUUGUAUGCAUAACAAUGCAAGAGAAAACCAUAGUUUUUUGAUCAUGGUUUGACACCCAGUGGUAGCAAUAAGCUUACUUACAGCUUGAUACUGUGUCAUGGCAUGCGUGACCUGAAGAUUGCACAGUGCUUGAGUUGAGCUGAUGAGUGAUAUCUUGAAGGGAGUCUGCUGCUGAAGAAGCAUUCAGUUGUAACCUGGAGCGAUCAGCUUUAGCACUGAAUGUCCG